AUGAGCACCGACUACAAGUUUGAAGGCUGGCUCGGCCUUAGCCCCGAGUCCGCUGAGGGCAAGAUGGAGUGGGGUUCCUUUGAGCCCAAGAAGUGGACAGAGGACGAUGUCGACAUUCAGAUUACACACUGCGGUGUCUGCGGCUCUGACAUCCAUACUCUCCGCUCCGGCUGGGGCGCGGCCACGUACCCCUGCUGCGUCGGCCACGAGAUUGUUGGCAAGGCCGUCAAGGUCGGUGCCAACGUCAAGCACAUCCAGCUGGGCGACCGCGUUGGUGUCGGAGCGCAGGCCCGCGCCUGUCUGCAGGCCGACUGCCCCGAGUGCUCCAUCGGCAAGGAGACGUACUGCUCCCGCGGCAACGUUGGCACGUACAACAGCAAGUACCCUGGCGACGAGGGCCAGUCAUUUGGCGGCUACGCCGACUACAACCGCACCAACGGCAACUUUGUCGUCAAAAUUCCCGACGGCAUUCCUUCGGAAGAGGCAGCACCCAUGCUUUGCGGUGGCGUCACCGUGUUCGCGCCCCUGAAGCAGAACGGUGCGGGUCCCGGUAAGACGGUCGGCAUUGUCGGCGUCGGCGGCCUGGGCCACUUCGGUAUUCUCUUCGCCAAGGCCCUGGGCGCCGACCGCGUUGUCGGCAUCUCCCGCAAGAACGACAAGCGCGAAGAUGUCCUGAAGCUCGGAGCCGACCAGUACAUCGCCACUGGCGAGGACGAGGGUUGGGAGAAGAAGAACGCGCGCUCGCUCGACCUCAUCAUCUGCACGGUGUCCAGCUCCAACAUGCCUUACACUGGCUACCUCGGCCUGCUGAAGCCUGGCGGCAAGCUCGUCCAGGUUGGCGCCCCCGACGGCGGUAACCUGCCCCCUGUCAACGCCUUCUCCCUCAUCCUCAACGGCAUCAACCUGGGUGGCAGCCUGAUUGGCACCCCCAACGACAUUCGCGAGAUGCUCGAGCUGGCUGUUGAGAAGAAGGUCAAGCCCUGGGUCGAGACUAGGCCGAUGAAGGAUGCCAACAAGGCCAUUGUCGACUUUGAGGCGGGCAAGCCUCGUUACCGCUACGUGCUGGUGAACGAGAAGCACCUGUGA